UACCUUGAAGUACUUGACUUAAAGUUAAAGUGGGCGUUGCAGGAGGACUGGGAGUUUAUUUUCCGCUCAUUGACAGAUUUUGUGUCUUCGUCAUCGGAUUAUCAUGGAUGCUUUUGGUGAUGACGAUUUUGGUGGAUCAACUGAGGUUGAUCCCGCAGCUGAGUUCCUGGCCAGAGAACAGGGCCAGUUGGCUGGACUCGAAGAUGAAAUUGAGCCAAUCGCUGCAGCAGCCGACCCUGUGAUUGAAGACCUUCCUCGAACAAACGAAUGGGAGGUAGAGACACCCAAAGAAAACACUGCACCAAACGAGGAAAGCUUUGAGUUUGUUGAAAACUCCAAUGAACUCGAUUAUUUUGAAUCUGAGCUCCAGACUCAAAAUGAUGAUACUAACGAUGCAUAUGAAGAGCCAGCAGUAUCUUCUGCUCCCAAGGUGAUGAAAGAGGAACCUGAGAAGAUUCGCAAGUGGCGCGAGGAGCAGAAGCAGCGUCUCGAGGAAAAAGACGCGGCCGAGGCUGAGGCGAUUGAAAAGCUGCGCCUGCAGGCCAAGGAGGAGUUGGACGAGUGGUACAAAAAUCACAAUGAAGCCAAGACCAAAACCAAGGCAUCCAACAGGGAGUCAGCAGUGAAUGCCGAGAAGCAGUUUGUCGCCUCAACCGAUGAAAUCGAGCCUGGAACUGAGUGGGAGCGAAUUGCCAAGCUGUGUGAUUUCAACCCCAAGUCUAGCAAGGGCUCCAAGGAUGUGACCCGCAUGCGCUCCAUCAUUCUGCAGCUCAAGCAGACGCCCUUGCCCGUCACCAAAAGCUAAGUCUUCUCUUCCGAUCCAGUGAUUAGAAUGAAAAAUAUAUUUAUUCUCAAGUGUUAUAUCACCAGGGAAAAAACCCUGCAGCUUUUUCAUAACACAUUCCUUGUAUAUGUUUAGGCCAGGAAUAUAUAUUGAUUUUGUUGUCAUUUCGCUAUUAUUGAAAAUAAAAUAGACCAUAUUGAAUACAGACCAUA